CGACCGUAAACAGAAGAAAGCGGAAACAAAAGAGGUUUUUAUAAAAACACAUACACAUCCCUGGCUGUCGAAGUACUCAUGGAAUAAACUACAGCCACUGACCUCGCCUGUAAUAAUAUUCAAAUUCCAGUAAAGAGCGAGCGGAAGGGAUCCGAGCAGCCAGCUGCGUCAGUCAACAUGGCGCUGAAAAGAAUACAGAAGGAGCUGCAGGACCUGCAGAGAGACCCUCCAGCACAGUGCUCUGCUGGACCAGUAGGGGAUGACUUGUUUCAUUGGCAGGCGACCAUAAUGGGUCCGGGUGACAGUCCUUACCAAGGAGGAGUGUUCUUUCUCACAAUCCACUUCCCCACCGACUACCCAUUCAAGCCACCGAAGGUAGCGUUUACAACAAAGAUUUAUCACCCAAAUAUAAACAGCAAUGGGAGUAUCUGUUUGGACAUUCUACGGUCACAGUGGUCUCCAGCACUAACAGUGUCUAAAGUUUUAUUGUCCAUAUGUUCGUUGCUUUGUGAUCCAAACCCAGACGACCCCUUAGUUCCAGACAUAGCACACAUCUACAAGAACGACAAAGACAAAUACAACAGACUAGCGAAAGAAUGUACCCAAAAGUAUCUCUCAUUUGUGUCUCUGAGACGUGUGGCACCUUUUGUACUCAAUUAA